UUGCUCAAGAACAAAAAUAAACAAAAAAAAAAAAAGCGAAAAUUCACACACAGGGUUAGAGUCUAUAGAGUUGAGUUUUCACAUAGAGCCGCAUCCUUUGUUCUUGCAGAAGCUGCGGCGAACAAUCUCCGAUUACUGCACUCAUUCACUCCACAAGAUUUGAUAUGGCGUCGAAGUUGAAGUCGUUGCAAUCGAAAGCAUGUCAAGCAUCGCAAUUUAUAUCCAGGCAUGGAAAUGUUUACUACAAGCAGUUGUUGGAGCAGAACAAAGAGUACAUUCAGGAGCCUGCUACAAUUGAGAAAUGCAACCUUUUGUCAAAGCAAUUGUUUUACACCCGUCUGGCUAGCAUUCCUGGUCGUUGUGAGGCCUUCAAGAAGGAACUUGAUUAUGUCAAGCAAUUAUGGAGGAACAAACAAGACUUAAAGGUUGAAGAUGCAGGCAUUGCUGCUUUGUUUGGCUUGGAAAUCUAUGCAUGGUAUUGUGCUGGUGAGAUUGUUGGAAGGGGAUUUACAUUCACUGGUUACUAUGUCUGAAAAUAGUCACCUCUAAGUGUAGAUUUUUGCAGUCCUGCAUAGGCGCUAUGUCGGUCUAUACACUCAAAUAUGGGCAUUCCGCAUGGCAAUGUGUUAUUCUGAUUUUUAUUUACUCUGAGAAAACAUGGUUGAGUAACUAGAGGUUAACUUUGAUAAGCCUCAAUAACCCCUUGUACUUGAAUCGGGAAGAACCUUGCGUUUUGCACGUCUUUUCAACAUUGGUGCUCCAUCAAUUUUUUAAAAUAAUUGUCACUACUUUUUGAAAUGA